AUGAUUCAGAAUUGUGGAAAUAAUAAUAAUGAUAACGGUAAAGAGAAAUGCAAAUACAUGGCAUGGACAAGUGAAAUGGAUCGUUGUCUUGCUAAAACACUUGCUGAUCAAAUAAAAUCAGGCAACCACAAGACAGUAGCCUAUGGUGCUGCAUUUACUGCUAUUAAUGAAAAAUUUGGACUUGUUUUGGGUAGAGAACAUGUUAGGAAUCGGCUUAAAACCUGGAAGAAACAGUUUGGGAUUUUGAAGGAGAUGCUUAAUCAUAAAGGGUUUGUUUGGGAUGAGGAACAGAAGAUGAUUGUAGCUGAUGAUUCUGUUUGGAAUGAGUAUAGCAAGGUGCAUCCUGAUGCUAGAUAUUUCAGGGCUAGGUUCAUCGAGAACUAUGAUGAGUUGUGUGUAGUCAUUGGCAAUGAUCAGCUAAUAGGAGGAUCUUCUGACAAUGGAGCUGAAAUUGAUGUGGAUUGGAUGGGAAACCGGGAUGGUGUGGAGAAUGGCUGUGUUGCAGAGUUUCAGAACGAUGACAGGCAGAAUAAGAAAUUGAGGUGGACAGAAGGAAUGGACCUUUUGCUUGGUAAAAUUUUUGCAGAGCAAGUGAGGAAGGGCAAUAAAAUAGAGAAUAUCAUACAGCGUGAAAUGUAUGAUUAUGCACUUUCUGCAUUGAAUGGAAAAUUUGGUCCUGAAUUGGGGAAAAAUCACAUUAGGAAUCGGCUUAAAACUUGGAAAAAACAGCAUGGGAUCUUGAAGGAAAUCCUGUCUUGCCCUGGCUUCAGAUGGGAUGAAACACAGAAGAUGAUCAUUGCAAAUGAUUCAGUGUGGAAUGACUAUUUGAAGGUGCAUCCUGAUGCUAGGCUUUUCCAUGGAAAAGUCAUUGAGACCUAUGAUCAUUUAUGUCUAAUCUUUGGUAAGUAUAACGAGGCUGCACAGAGUGUUGAUGUCUCUCCUAGUCAAGGUGGCAAGGUAAAAGAUAAAGUAAGGAACAUGAUGUGGACAAAUGAAAUGGACCAUUAUCUCAGCAAGGUCCUUGUGGAACAAGUGAGAAUUGGAAAUAAGAAUAAACAGGAUAACAAGUUAAAGUCUGCAGCAUAUGUAGCUGCUGUAUCAUCUCUUAAUGGAAGGUUUCAACUUUCCUUGACAAAGGAUCAUGUUAGAAACCGUCUCAAAACAUGGAGGAAACAAUAUGACAUUCUAAAGGAACUUCUGGACCAUGGUGACUUUAAAUGGGACGUGACAAGAAAGAUGGUCAUUGCGAAUGACCAUGCGUGGAAUCAAUUUAUCAGGAGGCACCCAGAUGCCAGGCAAUUUCAAAGCCGGGUUAUCGAUAACUAUGAGGAACUGUGCAUUAUCAUGGGCUGUGAUGACCCACCUGAGAGUUCUUUAAAUGGUGAUGACGUUGAUUUGAAUUUGAUAGCAGACAAUGACACUGUUGACACUGAGGAUGCAUUUUACAAGCUGCUUCUUGAACAAGUGAUGCUUGGAAAUAAGGUUGGGAAAAAUUUCAAGGGUGCAGCUUAUAGAGCUGCUCUUACUGUUUUAAAUGAAAAGUUUGCACUGGAGUUAACAAAGGGAAACAUUAUAAAUCGCUUGAGAACAUGGAAGAAACAGUAUGGACUUGUGAAGGAACUCCUUGCUCAUGGCGGAUUUGAGUGGGAUGGGAAACAAAAGAUGGUUAUGGCUAGUGACUCGAAAUGGAAAGAGUACAUUAAGAGAAAUCCUGAUGCAAAGCAUUUGCGGGCAAAAACUAUUGAGAACUUCAACGAGUUACAUAUUAUAGUUGGCCAUGAGCAUCCAAAUGGAAAUGGGUCUGAAACUGGUGCUAAUGUUGUUGAAGAUCCUAUACAGAGCAAUGAAGAACUCAUGGAGAUCCCAUUGCAUGUGUUGGUUGAUGAAGAUACAAGACAUGAUGUUGGUGAUGAUUAUCAAGAGUCAUCUCAGCAAACAAGGGCCAGGCCUUCAUCAUCAUCCCAUUCUGAGCAGCCUUACAAGAGAAGACGUGACAAUAAUGUUAUGAUGGAGAUGAUGAGUGCCAUUGCCACAGACGUUGGUAGGAUUGCUGAUGCAUUGACAGAAAUGAAUAAUGUGUGCUUGGAUGAAGUGUUUGAGAUGGUGAUGAGAAUACCAGGUUUUGACGAUGACAUCAUUAUUGAGGCUUGUGAGUAUCUUUCUUUUGACGAUAAGAGAGCCAGAAUGUUCAUGAAAUUGAAUGAUCGAUUAAGAAAAAAGUGGUUGUUAAAACGUUUGCGUGGUCAAGCCUCAAAGCAUAUGAUUGAGUCCGCCCAUAACUUGAAGCAUCUGGUCCAUGCAAAAGACAGUCCCUUCGCUAUUAGUAAUGGCACAGUAGAAGGAACCUCUCUCUUACUAAGGGGACUGUAA